AUGCCCCUCGAAAGAAAGAUGUCGAGACCGAUUGUAAGGAGUAAUUCGGUUAGGAGCCCUCCGACGCAACGCGACCUCUCAGCGCCGGCCAUACCUACAACUGAUGCAGAAUCAUUUGACACUGCUUUACCUCCCAUGAGCUCCAAGCAGCUAGUGGUAGCAAAUCGUCGACCACAGGGCGGAAUGCAGCGUCUCCCCUAUCCGCAGAAUGUGACCUCGAUUACUGGUAGUCCUGGUGGGCACCGCCGGACAGGGAGUACGCUAAAGACGGUCAUGAGGAAGAUAUUCACUCGAAACAGGCGGAGCCGAGCGGACGAAGUUGAUGAUUCCGUACAAGACUUUGAGUUUGGCAGCCAGUUCGGGAGCAAUAUCGGACCCAUCGGAGGCAGAAAUGGCAACGGGUCACCAAAUCCAACUAAGUCUGAAAGCUCAAAGCAUAGUAGCCAGCUUCAGCAGAACGGCGAAGCUUUAACUACACUAGAUGUCGUAUUGAAACACCUGGAUACAGAACCACGUCAAAGACGAGCGACUUUACCCAGCUUGAUAUUUUCAGACGAGGGAUCGCGCCACGCACUGGAAGCAGUCGUUCACCCUGGAGAAGGCGCGACACUCAGAAAAUUGAGCCCCCAUGCGAAGAGUGACCCGGAAGAGGUACAGCAGGGUCAGUUCCGGAGUAUAAAAAGGCGCUCCCGGAGCGCUGGCGCACUACGACUCAUGGCUAAAGAGCACCGCAUGUCGCCGAUUCAGUGGAGGAGACCGCGGAGCGCAGAGUCAGAUUAUGGUGCGUCCACAACGCACGGCAUUGCUUCUGACAGCGAAGCGUCUUCUCGACCUCCGACUCGAACCACAGUUGCCAGUGCUUCAGCUAGCAUUUCUAAACCUUCUGCAGAGGUGUCUGUCUUUGAAGAGGACGAGCCGGAGGAUGAGCCGGAAGAUGAGCCGGAAGAUGACGAACCUAGCCUGCCCCCAAAUGUUGGAGAACUCAUCAGCUCCAUGCAAAACGACGAAAAUGCGACGUUGGAGCAACGGCUCACCACCCUAGAGGUUAAGCUCAUCGACCUGGAAUUCGCUAUAGCCCGCAUGCAGAGCGGACGUGGAGACUCUCCAGGAGAUUCGCCAAAUUCGAAAACCUUGCAAGACUCGUCUCGCCAUAAGCGCCAGAAGUCGUCGGGCUUAUCUCCGCCAACGCGAAACGAACGCUCUCCCACACCAGAACAGGUGGCGGCUGCUGAUCGACCGGUUAGCACGAGCACUAUCCGGCCUAGCCUGAGUGACAUUCACCGCGCACGCGCCCUGCAAGCCCCAUCGAUGGUCUCCUUAAGUGAUUCGGGGGCCAUAUCUGUGCAACAAUACAGUGCGCUGGUUAUGCUACUGCGACGAGAGCAAACCGCGCGAAGAAAUCUCGAACAACAAGUCACAGGCCUCCGGGAAGACAUUGAGCGACUCCACGGUAUGGCCCGAGACUCAAUCGGCGUCGGUACAAUGUACCCUAUCCGCAGCGUCGAGUCCCAGGAGUAUCUCCGCCUACGACCAGGCGAAUCCCCAAGCAGCUCUCCCAGACCAACGGACGAGAAGAUUACUCCUCGCUAUGAAAGCGAUUCAGACUGGUCCGAGCGGGCGAAAGAAGACCGCUUUCGACCAUGGCAACCCACACGUCGGAUCGAGGUUGCCAACAUGAUAUAA